AAGUUUUUCCCAGCCACAAUCAGCAGUGGACGCUGAUAAUAAAGUUCCACAGGUUCAAUAUGAUCUGUGUUCGGGUUGACAGACUGAGGAGGUAUAAGAGAGCUGGCCUGAGCUGAGAGAGAGAGAGUGUGUGUGUGUGUGUGUGUGUGUGUGUGUGUGUGUAAAGCAUAUCUGAAACCAUGAUGCAGACACUGGCCCUACUGCUCCUUCAGGUAGCAUAUGUUUUUGGAUGUGGUACACCUGCUGUCAAGCCUGAUACCAAUCGGGUGGUGAAUGGAGAGGAUGCUCGCCCCCACAGCUGGCCUUGGCAGAUCUCCCUGCAGGUGAAGCACGGCAGCCGUUUCCAUCACACGUGUGGAGGGACUCUGAUUGGACCUCGCUGGGUGCUGACUGCUGGACACUGCAUCUGGCCAGGAGAUGUGUACCGUGUGGUCUUGGGAGAGCACGACAUGAGCCAGCACGAGGGGACCGAACAGAUCAGAGAUAUUCUGCGCAUCAUUGUCCACCCCAAGUGGGACAUUGACUUUGUGGCUGAUGGCAAUGAUCUUGCCCUGCUGAAACUGGAUAAGAGCCCCAUUAUGAAUGACAGCAUUGGCGUGGCUUGUCUUCCAGAGGCUGGAGAGAUCCCCACCCAUGGGACACGGUGUUACAUCUCUGGCUGGGGCAACCUUUACACCCAUGGCCCUAUGCCUGAUAAGCUGCAGCAGGCCUUGCUGCCUGUGGUGGAGCACAGUGUGUGUAGUCGCAGCGACUGGUGGGGCAUCAGCGUCAAGAGCACCAUGAUCUGUGCAGGAGGAGACGUCGUAUCCGGAUGCAAUGGAGACUCUGGCGGUCCUCUGAACUGUUUGGGUCAGGAUGGUAGGUGGUACGUCCAGGGUGUAACCAGCUUUGUUUCCUCUCGUGUCUGCAAUGAAGUGAAGAAGCCCACCGUCUUCACCCGCACCUCUGCCUUCACCGAGUGGCUCAGUGACGUCAUGUUGCAUUACUGAGGAUCUACUGGACACCAAUUGAUCAACACCAAAAUAUAAUGAGGUCCCAAUAUUUUCUCCGUUCAGUUCACAGAAGAAUAUGUCUGUCAUCACUGAAAAACAUUAGAAAAUAAAAAUAUACAUUAUA